AAUGGUGGCAAAGGGACCGACGUAAUGUACAAAGAACUCUACAACAAGACUACGACAAAGAUCAUGGUCCUUGGAGCAGGCUGUUCGAUAGUUACCCAACCAACAGCGCAAGCAUCGCACCUGUGGAACCUGCUUCAGCUGUCGUAUUCUUCGGCCUCACCAAAGUUAUCCGAGAGAGAUCUCUUUCCGAAGUUUUUCAGGAUGUUCCCACCGGAGACAGUCUUCAACGUCGUGAAGUUCGCCAUGUUACGUCACUUCAACUGGCAUAAGGUCGCCACUUUACACCAAACCAUCGAACUCUUCUCACUGCCUACUGCGGAUUUCCUGACUGGUGCAAGGAUGAAUGGGAUUGAGAUCAUCGCGUCGGAAAGCUUCUCGGAGGACCCUUCACUUCAAGUAACAAACCUCAAGAAACAAGGAGCACGCAUCAUCAUCGGGAACUUCUACGAGAACAGAGCCCGACAGGUAUUUUGCCAGGCCUACAAAGAUGGGCUAUACGGCGAGAAAUAUGUGUGGAUAAUAACAGGUUGGUAUAGCAACGAGUGGUGGAGGGUGAGGGACCCGGAUCAUCCACACGAUUGUACCUCGGAGCAGAUGGAUGAAGCGGUGAGGGGCUACUUCACCACAGAUGCGUUACCUCUCAGUCUGGCGCAGCAUCCGGGCGUGUCUGGGAAGACCACGGAGCAGUUUUGGGAGGAGUACACUGAUUAUGUCGGAGGUAACCCAGAGACUCUUUCAGGUUACCAGGAAGCACCCUAUGGCUACGAUAGCGUCUGGACCAUCGCUCUUAUGCUUCAGGAAGCAGAAGAAAUACUGCAAAGAAUGAAUCCGCCAAAGUCGAUCGCCGAUUUCAGCUACGAGGACGACGAAAUAGCGGACAUAUUCUACCACAUCAUGAACAAAACCAACUUCGAAGGGGUGUCUGGUCCCGUCCAGUUCACUGCCGUGGGCGACAGAAAGGGACUAAUGCAAGUUGAAAGACAGAUAGGAAACACGGAAGUACGUGUUGGCAUUUACGACCCGUCGAGGAGCCCUGGCGACGAAUUAACAUGGAGUCAGGAAAACCCAAUCACAUGGAAAGGUGGACGACCACCGCUGGAUUCGAUCAUCGAAAGAGAAACCCGCGUGAAUAUAUCUGUAGCCAUCUUCAUUGUGAUGACGGCCUUAGCCGUGUCGGGUAUCGUUAUGGCGGUCGCUUUCCUUGCCUUCAAUAUCAAGUACAGAGCCAAGAGGUACAUCAAGAUGUCAAGUCCUAAGAUGAAUAAUCUAAUUCUUGGUGGAGGGAUACUCGCCUACCUCUCCAUAAUAUUCCCUGGAGUAGACUCGAUCGAUAUUGAUGAUGUCACAUUCCUUUGGAUGUGUAGGUCUAAUACUUGGACUUUAGCUAUUGGGUUCUCGAUGGCUUUUGGAGCCAUGUUUACAAAAACAUGGCGGGUUCAUCGCAUCUUCACAACCAAAACUGCAAUGCGAACUAUGAUCAAAGAUUACCAGUUAUACGGCGUGGUCAUGGUCCUCAUCAUACUCGAUAUCAUAGUCUUCAGUUUGCGAGAGAUCUUUGAUCCGAUUUUCUUAAACGUUCAGACAAGUAGACAGAAUCAAGAUGAGGAUGUUGUAUUAGUACUGCUUCGACGGACGUGCACAUCACACUUUGUAGUAUAUUGGAAUGGUAGUCUAUUUGUUCUUAAUGGUCUUCUACUCAUCUUUGGGGCUUUCUUGGCCUGGGAAACUAGGAAAGUCACCGUACCCGCUCUAAACGAUUCCAAGUACAUUGGAAUGAGCGUAUAUAAUGUAGUGGUUCUAUCAUUUGUUGGAGUACCUGUAUCUCUUGUAUUGGAUGAUGUCAACGCUCACUACGCAAUCAUUGCAAACUUUGUCUUCUUCGCCACCACACUUACACUGUGCAUGGUCUUCGUGCCUAAACUUCGGGUUCGCAAUGAAGUAGAACCUAAAGGAACUAUGUUUUCAACGAUGGGUAACAGUCAUAAUCAUCAUAGCAUUACCGAACCUGAAUCAGAUAAGAAGAUAAGGAUGCUGAGUGACAGGAUAGAAAACUUACAGGAUCGCCUAGAUAAGAAAAAUCAUCGAAUAAAGGAGCUAGAGAGUUGUGUUAUCCCGUCCUCUGAUGCAACCAAAGGAGAAUGCAGCAGUGAACUCAGCACAGAUAGGGGAGAAGAAGCGCUAGAACAACCGGGUCCUUCUGGACACAGAUGAGGGUUGCUCCCCUCAUAUGUAUUCACCAUCAUACCAACAAAAGAACAUUUUCAUGGGGACUUUUGGAUGUAGAUGAACUAAAGAUUGACUCUACUUAGCUUGACAAAUUUCACGACAUGAAGCAUUUUUCUCUUUUUUGUAUACAUAUGCUAGAUAU